CUGCACUCCGGCGAGAUGCGGGUGCCACUGGGCUAUCGGUUCCUAGUCCUGCAGUACAUCGAGGGCGCCGUGCCGCUGUCGGAAAUGCCGCAGCCGCUGCCCGAGGAGGUCUGCACCGCAGCAAGGCGCGCCCUGUGCGCCACUCACGCCGCCUGCCCGGGCCUGCUGCACGGCGACCUGCGGCUCGAGAACAUCCUGCUGCUGCCGCCGGUAGUCGCCGGGGGCGGUGGGGGCGGUGGGGGUGGCGGUGGCAGUUGCAAUGGCGGCGGCGACGCGGCGGAGGCUGCCGGCGGGGGCGUGGCCGCAGCGGCAGCCCCAGCAGCAGGCGCCUGGGAUCCUCCUGCUCCUGCGCCUGCUUCUCUCGGGUGCCAUUGAAGUGCGACCUCGCCCAGUCUAUCACCAUGCAAUGCCGCUCCGCGCACGCGGCAGUUCUGCAAAGUGCGAAGCAGCUGGCUGCGGACCGUGGCUGUUGGGGACGGACUGGGUCGGACACAAUACGGUGCGCGCUGCGCAGCAGCUGGCGUAAGCAGGGUUAUAGUACGGAAGCAGGGCUAUAGCUGGUAAGCCGCCCGCAGGGGUGUAGCGCGAAGGCAGUAGGUGCCACGUAUGCUGCCAUUGAAGUUCGGUGGUCAGAUAGGGAGAGCGCUGGCAGGGGUUGCAGGAUGGCAGGAGUGGGAUAUCCCGAUUCCCAUGGCGUGGCCCGACCCCGUGGCCCGACCCCGUGCCAACAAACCUGCUGUUGUACGUUGCUACAAUUGUGCAAACGAAAAUAAAUACGGAAUGUCGCAGGGCGGCGACAGGUGCGGGAAUUUGCGAGUUGGCUAAACCAGCAGGUGCCCCAGGGGAUGGGGUCAACUGGGCCAGGCCACAAGUUCUGAAGAAGUGUUUGACGAGAGAAGUACAGUUGUUGCAAAGUUCGGCAUCAGGAUGGCCCCCAAGGUUUUGUUCCGUGGAAAUGUGGGUGGGAUUGCCGGGUUUCGUCUCCAUGCCCAGAAUGCCCCUCUCAACGCUCCGCCCAAUAGCACAAGCACUAGCACACAUCUGCAUGCAGAACGAUUGGCCUCUGGAUAGCGGCAGCUUACUUGUCCAGCGUAGCAGCGUAAAGCUCCACUUCAGCCCUUUCACUGGCGUCAUGGAGACUAAGUGAAAUCAUGCUAAUCUGUAACGGCAAAGGCCU